AGCGGAGCAGCUUUGGAUUUCUCUGAGCUUUGAGCCCAGCUUCUGGAUUUAAGGUAGUUUCCCCGGGACCAGACUUUGCUAUGUUGGCCAAGGCAGUGCUUUCUCUUGGUCUGUGGCUGCAGUUUGCUGUGGGACAGAACACACCUGAGAGAGGUCCUCAGAUGUCCAGCUCCAACUCCGAGGGGGACCUCCUCUUCCUGCUGGACAGCUCUGGCAGCGUCUCCUACUAUGAGUUUUCCAGAGUCAAGGAAUUCAUGUGGGACCUUGUGCGACCUUUCAGCUUUGGCCCCAAAGAUGUCCAGACCAGCAUCAUCCACAUCAGCACUACGCCCACCAUGGAGUUCCCUUUUGACCAGUACCAGUCCAGUGGGACCCUGCAACAAGCCAUCCGGGACACCCAGCAGCUCAUGGGUGACACUAACACGGGCAAAGCCCUCUCCUUUGCCAAGGAGAAGUUCUUCAGUGCUGAAGCUGGUGCCCGACCAGAUGUGCCCAAGGUGCUGGUUUGGGUGACAGAUGGUUUCUCCACUGAUGACAUCUCGGAACCCAUGCAGCUCCUGAAGGACAUGGGAGUGACAGUCUUCAUUGUCAGCACGGGGCGGGGGAGUUACCUGGAGCUCUCUGCUGCUGCCAGCCAGCCUCCUGAGAAGCACCUGCACUUCGUGGAUGUGGACGACCUGCCCAUCAUCACAGAGGAGCUCCGAGGUGCUAUCCUAGAUGUUAUCCAAGCAAAUCGGCUCCACGCAGUGGAUGUCACCUCAAGCAGCUUCCAGCUGAUGUGGCCCAAGCUCCUCUCCCAAGAAACUGGCUACUACACCCUUGAGUAUGCCCCGACAGAUGAUCUAGCAAGGAAGAGGACAAAGCAGGUGUCUGGGGCUCACACAAGCUUUGUGCUCAGCAACCUGGCACCAGAAACUACUUAUGAGGUGGCUCUCAUUCCUGAAUCCAACAUCCACUACUUCCCUCCCCAGACCACAAGGGUCACUACCCCGGCAGAGGAGAUAAGCCCAGCUCAGGUUCUCAUCUCCGAGUCUGGGCCACACAGCUUCCAUGUCAGUUGGGCUCCUCGGCUGGAGAGCGUGGUGGGCUAUCAGAUCCUGUAUGGACCACUCCCUGGGAACUCAGUGGAGCUGCUGCAGGUGGAUGGGGAGCACAAUGGCACUUUGGUGGAGAACCUGGCACCCAACACAACCUACCUGGUGACAGUGACUGCCAUCUACAAAUCAGGGAUGGAGAAAUCCCUGUCGGCCAAAGCCUGCACUCAGGGAGAGGGCUCCAGGGUCAGACACCUCCGCUUCGAGGACGUGGGCCCCAGCACCCUCAGAGCCUCCUGGGACGCGGCGCCCGGGAACGUCCUGGGCUACCGAGUCAGAUGCCGGCGACAAACUGGCCCCGUGUCUGUCAUCAGUGUCUCCCCUCAGGUCCACAGCGUGCUCCUCACUGACCUGCCUGCAGGAACCACCAGCCGAGUGUGUGUGAGGCCCGUGUACCGGCAGCGGGCAGGGCAGGGGCUGUGCCGCACCGCGCACCUGCAGCCAGCCACAGAGGCCCAAGGAUACAAGCACAGACGGAGGGCAUGACAGACUUGGGAGUGAACUGAUGCCUGGCAAGGCAAGGAAUCCUGCUGGGGCAAAGACUUGGACAAAAUGGAAGGGUCAGAGGAGGAAACCACAAAGCUCACAGAUCAUCUCCCAGCCUGCACUGCCCGUUGAGGUGUCCCAGUUGUCAAACCUACAGCCUCUCCUCAGCCAAGAUCUCCCAAAGCUUAAAGCUUUGCCUGGGCUGGAACAACCCAUCUGACUCCCAGGUCCCAAAUCUGUCCCCUCUUCUAUAGAAAUACUCCUGCCCAGUAACAACUAAAGGGCCAAGAAGGGAUGAAUCCUCACUGUUUCUUGCUGGCUGCCUGUUCCCUAUUUAUUAAAUGUUGAUCCAAUUCUAUUUGUGCAGCUCAGGAGCAGGUUGGAGGCUGGGCUGGGCACUGCCCUGGCCUCUCCUGGGCACCCACAUUCAGAGAAAGAUUUUCUCUGGCCAAAUCCAUCUCUGCUGGCAACAGGCAUCGCCAGGGAUGGACACUCCUGGCAAUGAGCAGCUUUCCUCCAACCCAUCCAGUGCUCAAACUGUGCAUCCCAAAAGUGUCAUGUCUCAGGGAUGGUCGAAGAGUAACAUAAUACAAAAUAUACAGGCUGCAGAGAGGGGCUCAGAGACACCAGGGUUACUGAGAAGAGGAAGAAAACGGGUUGUUAGCCCACCUGGUCCUUUGGCCAGGUCAUGGAGACACUCCAUAAAAGUCAUCCUGCCUUUUCCAAAGUGCAAGGACAGGUCUGUGGUCCCAGCUGGGCUGUGGCAGAGCUUGGGGAGCUCUGAGGGGUUCAGCAGCACUGCAGGGGCUUUCCUGCCUGCUGAGCUCCUGAGCCCCAUCAACACUGUCCCACUCCCCCUCUGGCACUGGUAUCACCUGCUGCCAGGACACCCAGAUGGACUUGGAAGGGUUCAGCUCCCCCGAGUCCUUUGCCUUGGGGUUUGGUGUCAGGAAACUGGAGGAGAGCAGGAAACUCAAGACACUUGUGUUUCCCCAGCAGGUCACUCUGCUCCAGAGCUCCAGAGCUCCAGGAGUCAGGAGAAGCCAGACAGCAGGACCACCUCAGGCAGUUCUUUUUGUUUCUCACUCAAACUCACACCUCCAAACAGUGCAGGGCUGCUGGGACCAUGGCCACAGCAUCCCUGUGGCACCAGCAGUGCCACACAACUGGAGGUGAGCCCUGCUAUCCCAGCAGCUCCCUGGAGAUUAAUUAGCCUGUUCUUGGAAUAAUUACAGGCAGGAAGUCUCCAGCACUGUCAUUCCAGGCCCUAUGCCCUGCAGGCUGAAAAGACCCAGCACAUCUUCAGUGUCAUGUCCUGGGCUCCCAGCCUGUGCUAAGCUUCAGCUACACUCCAAAGUCAGAUUUUUAGGGGAGAAGAGUAAAUCUGACUCUUCCCCUUUGGCUCCAGGUUUCAAUUUGCUGUCACUAGGCUACUCCUUGGCAAGGGGAGCUGGAAAAAACACCCCCAUCAUUUUAGUAGCUGGUGACAAAGCCAUUGGAGCAGCACAGUUCCACCUCCCAGGGCUCAGGGCUGGAAAGAAACGUAGAAACUCUUCUGGUGACAAAACCCAGGACCAGUGGCAACACCUUCCCUCUAGCUUCAAUGUAUUGCUUAUUUGUCCUACCUGGUGUGGAACUUGAUUUUCUUUAGAGCUGAGAGCCCCCAGGCAGGGUCCCUCCAUCCUGCCAACCCUUCCUCAGCUGCUGGACUAUCCCAAAACAGCUUCCUUGGGAGCCCAGAGGAACUUUGGUCACCUGAGGGCUGGAUUUAUGGAGCAUUUCUGGUGCAGGAGGGAGUUGAGUCACUGAUGAACAGGAUAAGAAGAUCUGACAGGAUUGGUGUCCUUUGGAAUGUGUGUUUGUGACUCAUCCCAGUGCUGAAGGGAAGGUGAAACCUCUGGAAUCUCUCGUGCAAUGAGCUCCUCGUGUUCAUUCUUGCUGUAGGACAGACAUUAAUGUUGCACAACUCCCUGCCUAGGCUACUAACACAUGGACCUCUCCCCCUGCCCCCCAGCUGUAAUGACAAUUAAAUAUAUAA